AUGCAUGGUCGAAGACUUCUUUCCUUGCCAACGCAAGACGAAGUGGAAGACAAAGAUUGGGAACUAACGUCAACAGAUAUUGCAAAACGAGAAAGGCACUUGGCUUCUCUACUAGAUCAUUUCUGGAGAAGAUGGAAAACCGAGUAUUUAUUGGAAUUGAAAGAAGCGCAUAGAGACAGGAAAUCGGUACAAUCGCAUAAAGAAUUGAUAAAGAUGAAUGAUAUUGUAGUCGUGCAUGACGAAAACCGUUCUCGAAGUCUUCGGCGACUUGGCAGAGUGAUGCACUUGGUUCGUGGUAAUGAUGGUAAGAUUCGUGGAGCUAAAGUGAAAGUCGCGGAGAGAGGCAAGAAACCAACAACGCUUCGACGUCCUAUACAAAGGCUGUACCCAAUUGAAAUUGGUAAUCAGGACAUAACCCAACAGAAAGUAGACAUGGACUCAACAACAAUCCAACCUCAGAAAGAAGAGCCUACUCAGAGACCUCGACGCGCAGCAGCAAUCAAGGCUACAGAGAAACGAAGAGAAUUGAUACGAAACGAACAGUUAUCAACAGAAAUUAGUCGAUCACCACUUGGGUGA